GUCAUGAUGGAGGGAGUCACAGUACGAGUCGGCCUUCUUGGACUGGUGCUGGCCUGCGUUACCACAGCAAUGGCCAAUAAGAACAGGGACUGGGACAUCUACAGCUUUCACGUCAACUCCACAGUGACCAGUCGCUAUGCGACCACUAUUAUCACCAGUCGUGUGGCCAAUCGGAUGGACCAGUCACAGGAAAUAGAAUUCCAUGUCAAAAUUCCCAAGAUGGCCUUCAUCAGUAAAUUCAAAAUGACCAUUGAGGGGCAGACGUAUGAUGGGGUUGUGAAACAGAAGGAGGAGGCUCAGCAGCAAUACACUCAGGCAGUGUCUCGUGGCCAAAGCGCUGGCAUAGUCAGUUCUGUGGGGAGGACCCUUGAGGAGUUUAAGACGUCUGUGACUGUGGCCGCGCUCAGUAAGGUGACCUUUGAACUGACGUAUGAGGAGCUGCUGAAACGCCGACUGGGCAAGUACGAACUGCUGAUCCACGCUCGACCCAUGCAGCCUGUCGCUGACUUCAAGAUUGACGUGUACAUCAAUGAGCGACCAGGCAUUAACUUCCUGGAGAUUAAAGGAGGGCUGAGCACCAAAGAGCUGGCUAAUGCCAUCACCAAAACACACGCUUCUAGUGAGGCCUGGGUACAUUUCUACCCAAGCAAGGAGCAGCAGAGUCAGUGUGACAGCUGUGGAGAACAGGGCCUGAACGGAGACCUGGUCAUUGUCUAUGACGUCCACAGGAACACAGCCAUGGGAGAGCUCAAGGAGUCAAAAGGGUAUUUUGUCCAUCACUUUGCUCCCAGUGACCUACCACGCAUACCAAAGAAUGUAGUGUUCAUCAUCGAUCGGAGUGGCUCCAUGCAUGGCAGGAAAAUGAAGCAGACCCGUCAGGCCUUGUUGAAGAUCCUGGUAGACCUGGUGGAGGACGACCACUUUGGCCUGAUCACCUUCGACUACACUGUGUCUACCUGGAAGAAGGAGCUGCUGCCGGCCAACCAGGAAAACCUGGAGGCUGCCAAGAGCUUUGCACGACACAUUCGAGACAGAGGAGCCACCGACAUCAAUGCUGCUGUGUUGGAGGGCACAGCCAUGCUAAACCGAAACCCACGAGAGGGCUCAGCCUCCCUCCUUAUACUACUCACUGAUGGAGACCCAACCACAGGUGAGACCAACCUGGAAAAGAUCCACAAGAAUGUAAAGGAAGCCAUUGGUAAGAAAUUCCCACUCUACUGUCUCGGUUUUGGAAUGGAUGUCAACUUUGAGUUCUUGGAAAAGAUGGCACUGGAGAACAGCGGUGUGGGACGCAGAAUAUAUGAGGAUUCUGAUGCUGAUCUGCAGCUGCAGGGCUUUUAUGAAGAGGUGGCCACACCCCUAUUGACGGACGUGCAGAUGGUGUAUGUGGGUGGAGCUAACCUGACCCAGACCAACUUCAGCCAGUACUACAAUGGCUCUGAGAUCGUGGUGUCUGGCCAGAUCACCGACAACAACAUAGAGACAUUCACUGCAGAGGUCAUAGCCAUAUCGAAAAGCAAUAGGGUGAUGUACUCUGAGACAGUAUCAACGGACGAGCCCAUUGAAGCCAGGCCUGAUAGCCACAUCCAGAGGCUGUGGGCCUACCUCACUGUGAAGCAGCUACUGGACAAAGAGGUGCAGUCAAGCGGGAAGGCGAAGGAGAAGGUGAAGAAAGAGGCCCUGGAUCUUUGUCUGAAGUACGGCUUUGUGACUCCUCUCACCUCCAUGGUGGUCACCAAGCCCCAGGGAGAAACCUCACAGGUGGCCCACAAGCCCAAGGAGGGAGAGAAGCCCUCAGGAUCCAGGCAAGGCUUCUCUGGGUCGGGUUUCCAGUUCAUGAGUGGAGAGGCCGGAUACCCCGGAGGAAGAGGUGGUGGAGUAGGAGGAGCAGGUGGUGGAGUAGGAGGAGCAGGGAGAGGAGCAGGGGGAGGAGCAGGAGGAGCGGGACGAGGAAUAGGCUUGCUGCUUAAUGCUGCGGAGGAUUCAUAUUCUGCCUAUAUAAUGGAGGAACAUCAACCAACUCACUCAAGUAAAACUGCAACAAGAGCUAGAGCUACACCUACACCUACAACUGUGAGUUCUCCCCUGAGGUUCCUGUUGCCAGCUGAGGAUCAGGCCCUGCCACUGUGCUAUGACAUCCCUGUGGCUCUCUCGCUCAGACUCCUAAAGGACCCCAACAAUGAGUUGUCUAUGAACGGUCAGCUUGGACAAUCAGCCAGCGCAGGCUACCAGAAGAUUGUGAUCCACUACAAAAACAAUCAACAUAUUGAGUUAGACACCACUGUCAUCACCUUCAACAAUGGACAGAAUGCAACAUAUUUCUCCUGGAGACUGAAAAUCAAUCACAAAACAGACAGUGUGUCUCUGAUCCUAUGGGACAAGGAGGUGGACAUCACCAUAGGGUUAACACGGAUCAUCAUCAUGCUCUAUGAGAGGAAUGGAAUUAAGUUCCUGUGGCCUGUCCUGAGGCAGCGCCCAACGGGAGGCAAUAUUAUGGGGAUCAUGGCCCGUCCACCUGUUGCCUAUGAGGAGGUCCAGGGAACAACAAUGAAACUGAAGAUUCAGGACAAAGAAGUAGAAGUCUCCAGGGACUCUUCUGUGGAUCUCAGCGUUCGCUUUGCCCCCACCGUGGCAUGCUGGUUGCUGCCUCUUCAGUCUGCCCUACAGGGGGAGCUAGCUGACUUUACCGUCACACAACUCUAACUGACCAUGUAAUUGCUCCCAUCACCAACUAAUCAACACUAUACAUACAGUAAUUCUGUUCUAGAAUUGAGAAGAGAAACAAUAAAGCCGGAGGUUUCUUUAUAGAGUCCAAUGAGUUCACAUAACACAGCUAAAUUCUCCUGUUACAUAUUCAUUGUUGAAUAAAUGGAUCCUUAUUUGAACAAUGACAACUUUUGUGUUGCAUUCCACACUCUUCAAUAAAUAAUGUUUUUGUGACUAAACUCAAGCGAAGGAUCAAUAUAGAACAAAACAUACUUACACACUCUCUCUCACACACUCACAUACUGUAUGUGAACACACACACACACACACACACACACACACACAAGCCUAUUGUGUGCCUGUAUUUGCAUUAAUUUUUCACUCUCUGACUUCCGUUUACACUGAGGUCAGUAGCUGUUUGCACUGGGUGGGUCUGGGAGGUUGUGGGUCACUGUGUUCAUAGCAUGGACAUUAAACAUUCUCUAUUUACAGCUAACCAUCAUUUUAUCAGCUGUGUAUCGUAUGAUCUUAGAAGUCAUGUGUGUAUCAUCCCCACCAGGGAAAAGCUAUUAAGCAAUACAGGAAUAAUAAUAAUAAUAAAAUAAUAAUAAUAAUAAAUAAUAAUAAUAAUAAUAUGCAAUCCAGGAAUGCAUUUCUGUAAUAGUUCUCUUGAAGUAAGGUGACCAAUACAUUUUACAGGACACCCUGCUGAAGGAAACAAACUGAACAGGAAAACUGUGCCUUGAACCAUUACGUACAGUAUGGGGUGGGAGGGUAGCCUUGUGGUUAGAGCGUUGGACUAGUAAGCAGGAGGUUGCAAGUUCAAACCCCUGAGCUGACAAGGUACAAAUCUGUCAUUCUGUCCCUGAACAGUCAGUUAACCCACUGUUCCUAGGCCGUUAUUGAAAAUAAGAAUUUGUUCUUAACUGACUUGUCCAGUAAAAUAAAAACACUAUUUUCACUAAAUCUACAAUCUAAUUGUAGUGACCUUAGAUGUUUUAUUUCUCUAUUUGGUUAGGUCAGGGUGUGAUGUGGGGUGGGCAUUCUAUGUUCUGUUUUGUAUUUCUUGGUUUUGGCCGGGUAUGGUUCUCAAUCAGGGACAGCUGUCUAUCGUUGUCUCUGAUUGGGAACCAUACUUAAGCAGCCCUUUUCCCAUUUGACCUUGUGGGUAGUUGUCUUUGUUUGUUGGCACUAUAACCUUUAGCUUCACAGUUGUUUUGAAUUGUUUAUUGUUUUUGUCGGGGUCAAAUAAAAAAAGGAAUAUGUACUCUCACAA